AAACGCAAAUCGUCUGUCGUUUUAGGUGGGUCUUUCGCUCUUUUAGAAGUGAACACACUUCUUCCUCCUCUGCAACAUAUAUCGAUCUUCCCUCUGGAUCUCUUCGGUUGUUCCUCAGCAAUCUCUCUUUUCAUCGUCCUUCCUACGCUUUUCUUGGCUCCAUUACCAUCGCCAGAGUAACAGUUGCAUUCCAUUCACAGUCUCUGAUUAUAAGGAUCUGCGUGGCCUUCUUUUAAUUGGUGGUUGUCUGUUCGUGAUUGAUCAAGAUGGUUGUUCUUGCUGCUUCCAUUGUAAGCAAGUCUGGAAAAGUUCUUGUUUCGAGACAGUUUGUAGAAGUGACUCGGAUAAGAAUUGAAGGCCUUCUUGCGGCCUUCCCAAAGUUGGUAGGCACGGGGAAGCAACACACGUAUGUGGAAACUGAGAAUGUUCGAUAUGUUUACCAGCCAAUUGAAGCUUUGUACCUGCUGCUAGUCACAAACAAGCAGAGCAACAUCCUUGAAGAUUUGGAGACUCUGAGGACGCUCUCCAAGCUUGUACCUGAAUAUUCAUUCUCUCUUGAUGAAGAGGGUAUUUGCAGGGCAGCAUUUGAGCUGAUUUUUGCUUUUGAUGAGGUCAUUUCCCUCGGGCACAAGGAAAAUGUGACUGUUGCACAGGUGAAGCAGUACUGUGAGAUGGAGAGUCAUGAAGAGAAGCUGCACAAGUUGGUACUGCAGAGCAAGAUCAAUGAAACCAAGGAUGUCAUGAAACGCAAAGCUAGUGAGAUUGACAAAAGCAAGAUUGAAAAGAAUAGAGGUGAUAAAGGAGGGUAUAGUUCAAUGCCAUCAAUGGGCUCUGGAAGAAUUGAUGGUAGCUAUGCUGAUAUCAGCAUUUCUAGCAGUGGAAGUGGAUUUGGAAGUGGUUCUGUGUUUGGAUCAACCACUGAUGUUGAAUCCUAUCCUAGCAAGUCCAAAGGACGGGCACCUUCUUUUGCCACAGCUCCAUCUAAAGGUCUUGGAAUGAAGCUUGGUAAGUCCCAGAAGACAAAUCAGUUCCUUGAAUCCCUGAAGGCUGAAGGCGAAGUCAUUCUUGAGGAUGUUCAGCCAAAAGUUGGCUUGUCCAAAUCAGCUGCGCCACCACCAACUGAUCCAGUCACUUUGACUGUGGAGGAGAAACUUAAUGUGACACUAAAACGUGAUGGUGGAAUUAGUAACUUUGAUGUUCAAGGAACACUGUCUCUUCAAAUUCUUAACCAAGAAGAUGGGCUAAUUCAAGUACAGGUUGAAACAGGGGGAAAUCCUGGCAUUCUUUUCAAGACACACCCUAACAUGAACAAGGAAUUAUUUGCCAGUGAAAAUAUUCUAGGCUUGAAGGACCCAAAUCGACCUUUUCCUACUGGUCAAGCUGGUGAUGCAGCUGGUGUUGGUCUUUUGAAAUGGAGAAUGCAGAGUGCAGAUGAGUCAAUGGUGCCACUGACAAUUAAUUGCUGGCCCUCUGUUUCUGGAAAUGAAACUUACGUAAGCAUAGAGUAUGAAGCUUCAUCAAUGUUUGAUCUGCGAAAUGUAGUGGUCUCAGUACCCCUUCCAGCUCUUCGUGAGGCACCAAGUGUUAGACAGAUUGACGGUGAAUGGAGGUAUGACUCUAGAAAUUCUGUUAUCGAGUGGUCCAUCCUUCUCAUUGAUGACUCAAACCGCAGUGGAUCAAUGGAGUUUGUUGUGCCUCCAGCAGAUUCAUCAGUAUUUUUCCCCAUUUCUGUACGCUUUUCAGCCACCAGCACGUACAGUGACCUGAAGGUUGCAAAUGUCAUCCCCCUGAGAGGUGGUGCCCCGCCCAGGUUUGCUCAGAGGACACAAUUGGUCACAGAGAAUUACCAAGUAGUAUAACUGUGUCAUCCUAGGAAAUUUGAGAAUUGAAACUGCUGGCUUCAUUAUUUUUGGGGUUAAUUUUUUGUGUUUCUUUUUGUCAACUUCUGGAUAUCUUGCAUCAUCAUUAUGAGAUUGUAUGGAUUGGACAAAUUUUAAGGUUGAAGUAGCCAUGAACCAUCAUCUCACAACAUCGUAAUCUUGAUGAUUGUGUAGGGAGUUUUAUGAACUUAAAAGGAGACGAACAUUUUCAUUUC